GCUGCACAUCUGCUGAUCAUCUAAAUCGUCUUUCAGAAUACCUCUCGGCCAAAAUAAAAUCUUAAAUAGCUACCAAGUGCUAAGAUUAUAGUCAAAAUGCCCAAAUCUGAGAAACACGCAGAUUGGCUCGACAAUUAUUACAAAAAUUACAAUGUCGAUGGAAUCCUACCUUUGAAAAGCGGAGAGAUUGCAGAAAUAUGCAAUAGCGAGCUUGACACGAAAGCUUGUACGAAAGGACCAUCGCCAAAAAAUCGGCGGAUAAUGACCAAUGGUGUUGACGCGCAGAUUGUAGGACGACAUAUGCAGGAGCUCAGAAAGAAGGCGGCUGGAAAGCCGCGAUCUACACGUCGCAUUCAAACCGCGAAAAAUAGGAUCGAUAGGGUCCUUGAGAAGAGAGACGGACGUCUAUGGACAGGUGAUAGGAUGCUCCUGGCGAUGCUGAAUAAAACAAGCCCGGCAAACAUUAAAAAUUAUGUUGAAGAAAAGAACAGACAAAAAAAACGGAGGGCGUGGAAGGCUGGUGGGCAAGUAUUCCAAGAUUGGAAAGCCUGGAAAAGCUCGAUGCCAUCCUCAAACAAGUAUGCGAACAAGAUGUGGGCAGCAUAUAAUGAAACAGGAAAGACGGACGAGUACCUACAAAAGCUAGCAAGCGGCCUGAUUAGUCUUGAGACAGGCAAAACUAUCGAAGGAAACUCGAUUGAACAUCCAGGAUCAUCUUUAAAUCCGGCUAAUGGAUACAUAGAAAGCGCGAGUGAUGGUGACGGUGACGAGGAAGCUGUCGAUGCAGAUGCCAACGAGGCAAUUGUAGACGACGACGACGACGACGACGACUAUCCGAUGGGUAAUGAAAUCGAAAAUGACUUUGAGUUUCAGACUGGAUGCGACUUGAUAGUUGAUUCAUUCGAGUAUUCUGACCACAUCAUUGAUCUUCCUCAAUCCCAGGUGCAGGUUGAAAAUGGUGUCAACCCUAAGAAAUUAAACCUGGCUGAUGGCAAUUUUAAGAACGCCGGGUGGCAGAUGGGUUUCCAACAAAAUCACGGCAAUGCGGACAGAAACUCUGGUGAACGCCCAGUAUCCUACAAGGCAGAAAUAGGCGGACCUAAUUCGAGAACAAAACUCUCGGAGUAUGAGGCCUUUGACACUCGGCCGAUGACGCAAGAUAAGGGUUCUAUGCUGGCAUCCAUGCAACCAUACAGUAAUAAUGCCCAUUCGAGAAACAUGUACAUGGGUUUUGAACCAAAUCCUUGGGUUCAAUCAAGCAAAUAUACUGGCGAACCCAUGAGACAAAGACAAUAUGAGAGAUCUGAUGCUGGCAGUCGUAAGGAACAAGCUAUGAGAGCCAGUAAUUUCGACUAUCAAGUCCACGAAAAUCAGUUCAGAUACCCAAAUGCGUCACAAAUGCUGCCUACUUCCCUACCAAAGAAGAGAAAGGAAUCUCUGCUUGAGGAAGGAGUACUUGAUGUCAGACCAUCGAAGCGACAAUAUCGGCCUGGAGAAUGUCUUGGGUCGGAAGUACAACUCAAGUUUGCACAACAUUCCCAGCCUGAAAAGCGAGGAAAUGGGCUCAAAGUUGACGUUAGUGGUGUCCGAGAAAGUGAUGGGCUAAAUUUGAACUUUGGAACCAAUUUCAACACGAUUGCCAAUAACAUGAUCGUUGAAAAGACUAAGACAUCGCAAGAACGGGAUGUGCGCUUACUCGCUGCGUCUACCGUGCAACCUCACAAUCAUAAAAAUGCAGUCCAAGGAAGACAGUCUAUCUUCUGGAGCAUCGUCGCACAUCCUCAAGGCGGGCUUCGGGCUGAACAAGUUUCCAGUAGAGAGAGUAGAGAAAGCGGUCGUUUGGGUCGUCGGUCUGGCGAUAAGUCCGACAAUGCAAUUGUCAUCCCAGAAUAUUGCGAAGAGGUCGGAACUGUCGAGCCAAGCCACGGCACAGUUAAUCGAAUAACUGUUGACGAGAGACAGUCUGCCAAGAACGAAGAGCAGUUUAGGCAUCUCUGGAGUCUCUUGAGUCCUAAAGGUUAUACCAACACUUGGUAUUCCCAAGGCAGAAUUCGAGCAUCUGAAGAGCCAAGUAAAAGCCCUUGGCAGGCUUCCCACCAUUUCGAUGGCAUUCCAACUUCUAUUUCUGUGCAACCACGACGAAGAUAGUCUUGGGUAUCUAUUUCGGGAUAACGAGAUCGAUCCCAAUGAUAUCUUUGGUUUCGACACA